AGGUAUAGCUUAGUGUUAUGGGUGAUACAAAAGAAGCUAAAAUGCAGAUAACACCAGAAACUCCAGGACGAGUCACAGUCCUGAAUCCUUUUGAAAGUCCCAGUGAUUAUUAUACUCUUCAGGAGCAGAUUGUCUCCAGUCCUUCAGUCUUUAAAUCGACAAAAUCCUCAUCUACACCAGGAAAAUUUAGAUGGUCUAUUGAUCAGCUUGCUCUAAUAAAUCCUGUGGAAAUUGACUCCGAAGAUGUUCGACGCCAAGCAAUGUAUUUGAGUCAUGCUAGAAUUGAUAAGGAGACAGAAGACAGAAGGCAAAAAGCCAUUGAGGAGUUUUUCACAAAAAGACUCAUAGUUCCUUCUCCUUGGACUGAACAUGAAGGCAAGCAAGUUUCUCAGUUUAGUUCAACUAAAUCCAUAGAUCUAAAUAACAUUUCUCCAAUUGGAAGACAGCUAACUUUGCAGCCUGGGAAAAGCAAUGCUUCUUGUCAGACAGUACUGUCUUUGCCAGUGGAUUUUAAUUUAGAGAAAAUACUAGGUGAAUAUUUUAGAACUGAUGAAUUUGCAGAUCAAUCUCAGGAAAACCUGAGCUCUUCAUCGCUCAGAAGAAAGCUGUUUUUAGAAGAAAAUGGAACUGUAUCGGAAUGUUUGUCCCCUUCUCUGCAUAGUCCAUGCGGUAGUCAGCCACUUGGAGUGCUUUGUUCAAUUGACAUAUCUCCAGUCCGAUGCAGAAGCCCUCUGGAAACAUCUAGCUCAGGUCAGUUUUCCUCAAGUCCUAUUCAGGGAGGAACAAGGGCUUACAGUCUUGGAAGUAUAACCAGUCCCACGUUUCCAGAGGGGUCUCCUGCACAGAAUGGUUCUCCUACUUUUUCACCAAUUGCUUUUCACAUAAGAAAGACGCCACUGUCAGACCAAAGAAAAUUUACAUUCCGUUCUCCAGAUAUUCCUUCUUCCUCAAAUAGAAUGACACCCCCGAGUACAAGAAGUCCUUAUAUAGAUGGUUGUUCUCCAAUUAAAAGUUGUUCUCCUAUGAGGCUUGGAGCACGUAGAGGAACUACCCAGUAUCAGACUUCUGUCAUUAGAAUACCAAUUGCAGUUGAAAAUCAUGGUGAGGAUGAGGAAGACAAGGAAAAUGCUUCUCCAGCAGAAGCUCGGUUCCCAGAAAUGGAUAAUGGAAGAAACUUAUGUCAGCAAGACGGUGAUACUUUUGCACAUGGUACACAUCUUGUGGUAGCAACUGUGUCUAUUGCACCAGAUCACUCGGAAGUUUGUCAUCAAAGGUUGUCGUCAUUUCAGGCUAUAGAAGGCUCAAAGGAAAAUAAUACUGUAGAUAUGGCUGAUGCAGCUGAAGUGUCAGAGGAGAACACUUGGAUAAAAGAAACAAUUGGCACUAGCAACACACCAAUGACCAGCUUUAUGACAGGCAUUACUUUCAGUAUUGAAAACUCGCGCAUGUGCAUGUCACCUCUUGCAGAAAGCAGCGCAAUUCCUUGUGACAACAGUAGCAUUCAGGUGGACAGUGGUUAUAAUACACAGACUUGUGGAAGCAGCAUUAUGGAUACUGCGGGGGCUGAAAACAGUUGCAGAGAAAAUGAUGUGAAUACUAACCUGUUUCAGAAUAAAUCUCAGCUCCUUAGAUCAAAGGAGUGUUCCGUUUUAAACCAUAAGGACAAUCAGUUGCUGAGAGCAAAAUCUCCAGAGAAGCAAUCCUGUUUCCAAAAAGCAAAAACACAUAGUACAGUAUUUGGUCAAAAUGCAACUUGCAACAUUUCUGCCUGGAAACAUAAAAAUGAAAAUCAAGUUCAGGGAUUUCACAAAAAUGGAUCUUGAAACAGUGCCCUGCUAAAAGCUGGAAAUACACUGAAUCGAUAACUUUUAAGGGAUGAAUUUCGUUGAAGUAGAGAAUCAACUUAGCCUUCUGGAAAAUGGAUUUAUUGAAUAGGGCAUUCAGAGUGUUCUUAGCUUUAGUUGGUAAGGUUUGUACCUCAAAAGCAAGACGCAACUUUUGCUGAGACUUAAAAGUUAUUUAUGACCUUGCGUCUUUUCUGUUUCUCAUGAUAAUUCUUUUUAACAAUAAUCAACUGAAAGGGUGAAUUUCAGAUUUCCGGACUGUGCAAAGGAUUUAUUUUUGCAAGUGUGAUUACUAAAAACAGUAGUAAUGUUAAUGUAAAGGGGAAGAUGAGAAGCAGAAUUAGUCCACAUCACGAUCUGUUUCUGAACUGUUUGGCAUGGUAUGUGUAAUUAAGAUUUGGUUUUAAUUUCUGACUAAAAUUUUUAAUUCUUUAUAAUGAUAUGGUCAAUGACCAGAGGCUUUCAAAGUAUUCACAAAUAAAAAAGCAAUCACUAAAAUACUUAAUUGCACCCUGUAUAAGUGUUUUCUUAAAGGUAAGGGAAAAGUAACAGCAGAAGUGUGUGAAUGUGAGAAGUAAUUAAGGAUCCCCCCAAAUAAAUUGCUGGUGUUUUCUGUCCUGUUUUAUACUCCUCAGUUAGAUGGGAAUUAUUUAUUUUAUGAAAACGUGUAUUUUUAUUACGUUUGUAUAAUUCUUUUGUAGAAGGAACCUACUGUGCAAAUCAUUGUGGAAAUCAUUUGACCAUUCUGUUUCUCUAGUUGUACUUAGCGUGUUGGUUGGCACACGUUGCACAAAACGGUCAUUGUUUACAUUAAAUUAAUUUCAGUGGUUUUAAGGAAAGUCCUUUAACAUGGAUAACUGUAAAUUGAGUA